GAACGAUUUGUCUCAACCUUCCGAUAUAUUUCGCAUAUAUUUUAUAUAUGCGAACAGCAUAUUUCUUCUGGAUAAUGUUUUCUUUUCUCUCUAUAUUUUUCUUCCUCUUUUCUCUUCUUCAUGUUUGACAUAAAUAUUAAAAUUAUAGCUCUUUGUAAUUUGUAAGAUGGCACUGUUAUAUUCAGUGAUGCAAUAAUUAAAAGCUAAUUUCGCUCAACAUAUAAAUAUAUAUACAUGUAUAAAUUAAAGAAGAGAUAGAACACAUAUAAACAAUCAUAUUAUGCAUUAAUUACAUUUCGCUGUAUAAUGGAUUCCAAUACCGGAGAAUAGUGCGAGAGUGUCAUUCCAGCAUACUUUUCAGUGCAAAAGAGUGGGAGAAUCUGUUUUCGGUGACAGAGUAUAAAGCUACGUGAGUACGAUCGGCGGAUCGUAGUCAUUUCUGCAAUUUGCUUCUGUGCUAAGCUUCGCCGAGAGGUCUACCGUAAUGGCAUCAUCGUUGCGAAAGAAAAGGGUUUCCAUCGUCUCCCUCUCGGAGAAGAUGAAGGUCCCACCGAAUAAGCCGAAAGCGUGGUUCGGAUGCAGGCACAUGCAGGUGGUGCUCAUGUGUCUGGGCUUCUUCUGUUGUUACGCGAUCCGGGUGACGACGUCGGUGACUCUGGAAGCGAUGACCAAUGCGGCCAGCGCCAAUCCCGAUUUCGAGGAGUUUGACUGGGAUGACCCGGUGAAGCACCUAAUCCUCAGCUCGUUUUUCUGGGGCUAUAUAUGCACCCAAAUACCCGGCAGCAUCAUCGCCCAGAAAUGGAGCGCUCAGGGUCUGUACUCAGCGGCCUUGUUCAUCUCUGGCCUGAUGACCAUUAGCAGCCCCUUCGCUGCUCAUUACGGUGGCUGGCAGGCGAUGAUCGCCACCAGGGUAAUCUCCGGCUUCGCCCAAGGCACCGUUCUACCUUGCCUGCACACCUUGCUGUCCAAAUGGGUACCGCCCGAAGAACGGGGCAGACUUGCAACCUUUGUUUAUUCUGGCGGUUGGAUCGGCAACGUGAUAUGUUUGCUGAGUAGCGGCUACCUCGCAGCAUCGGCCGUCGGGUGGCCCAGCUGCUUUUACGUCUGGGGAAGCAUUACCAUCCUUUGCGGCAUCAGUUUCUACCUGCUCGGUAAAGACUCACCCUCCGAACAUUCCCGUAUACCCCUCGACGAAAAGGAGUACAUCGAAAUCAGCCUGGGAGUAACCGAGAUCAACGAAAAUGAGAAACCCGCAACUCCAUGGAUGUCCAUACUGCGGAGUAUCCCAGUCUGGGCACUGUUGGUGACGCAAUGCGCGCAAGCCUGGGGUUUCUGGAUGCUACUGACGGAAAUCCCGUCCUACAUGGCUUCGAUAAUGCGUUUCGACAUCAAGAAGAACGGUUUGGUGACCGCAUUACCAUAUUUCACGGCGUGGCUCGUCAGCUUCCCAAUCAGCUACGUGUCUGAUCUAUGUAUCAGGCGACAUAUCAUGACGACUCAGACAUCUCGGAAGGUUUGCAACACGAUCGGUCAAUGGAUCCCGGCGGUCGCGUUGAUCGGUUUGGGCUAUGCAAGGCAGGAUCAACCAGAAUUGGCCGUGGGCAUUCUCAUAACCGCUGUAUCCUGCAAUAUCGCUGCCUGUUGCGGCCACAAUGUCAAUCAUAUGGACCUCAGCCCGAACUUUGCCGGCACGCUUAUGGGUUUUACUAACACCACCGCGACCGUCUGCAGCAUCCUCGCACCACUAAUCGCUGGCGUGAUCAUCACAGAUUCGACUAAUAUCGUGCAAUGGCGAUACGUGUUCUUCCUGUCGGCCGGAAUAUACACGUUGGGCAAUCUAGUGUUCAUUCUUUUUGGUACCAGCAGAGUGCAAAAAUGGAAUGAUCCGAUCAGGAGCAACCGAGAGAGUGUCACGCGCAAGAUAUCGACUAUCGGGACGAUACAAGAGCAGAAGGACAUUGACAAGAUUCCAUGACGAUCAAGUGUACGAAAAUUGCGACGCUUGCCUUUCUCCUCUUCUCUUACUUCCUAAGGUGUGAGCGUGUUCAUGUCAGAUAUGUUCGGAUGUGUGUGUGUGUGUGUGUGUGUGUGUGUGCGCGUGUGUGUGCGUGUGCGCCAGCAUCUACAUGGCUUAGAAUAUGGGUGUCGUUUCAAGGAAGUAUAUGAAUGUCCCUAUUGCGCAUAAACGUCCAUCCAGACAGGAUGUUGGUCAAAUCGGAUACAGGAUACGUCAUAAACGUUUCAACUUCGUUGCAAGAAUGCGGCGAUAAAUUAACUGGAAUUUAUUCCGAGUGGAUUUCGCGGCCGCGGAAGUUGCUUAACUUGACUCAAGAAACUUGGUUCUUUAGUAAAUGAGCUCUCGUACUACAAAUGUAGGAGGACUCAUUCUUUAAACGUGCCGCGAUUUUAUCUGGAAGUUUACCGAGACUCACUUAACGUCGAAAAGACUGAAAAAUGCGUUAAGACUUGCCCAGUAAGCAAAAUGUGUGCAAUCUGCCAGCAGAUUGGCAACAGAUUACUGCAGAAGUUGAUAGCAAAUUGGCAUCCGUUAUGUCCGCGUUAGGAUAGUGA